AUGCAUCAACUCAAAUCCUGGGUGGACGCCAUCGGCCCUGACAGUGUACGCGAUCAGGCCAAACUAUCUCUUCUAGACCUCUCCACUCAAGUCAAUCAGACCAAGGAUGCUGCAACCAUAAUGUUCAACCAGACAUCCUGUAAUGCUGAAACCAUGACCGAGCCAUUGCAAGCAUACAUUACACCAAUUGUGGAAUCCCUCUUGCACCCCAAACCAUACCAGGAAGAAGAACAUUCUCAAAAUGGCACCAUCGCAAAUGGAGCCCCAAACAGGAGUGACCUCAGCGCAACUGGUGGCCCUCACUCCGAACCCCUCAAAAAUGGGGAUCCCUCAAACGGGAAUGGCACCAUCGCAAAUGGAGCCCAAAUCAGCGCUGGCACCAUCACAAAUGGUGCUCAAAUCGGCGCUGGCACCAUCGCAAAUGGCAGCCAAAACUCUCAACCCCUCACCAAUGAGGGCCCCUCAACCGGGACCGGCACCAUCGCAAAUGGUGCCGCAACUGGACAUGGCACCAUCGCAAAUGGCAGCCCAAACACUCCCGGAACCAGCGGCCCUGGCCGAGGACCUGCCUUUCAAGGCUUUGACUAUCCUGAGAAAUUUGUCGAGGACUUAUGCAACAUGCGAUUCACUCACUCUUCCACUGAGAGCUGGUGGACCGGCCUGGUCGGCCAUCAGAUCCGACGCAGCAAAGAGCAGAUCCAAACCCACAAUGAGCUCCACUGCUCAUACAAUGCGGACCGCCUCCAGCUCAACCCAAAUAGCAUUGGCAAGCUGAGUCUUACAGCACCUGUUCCGAUCAAACAUAUGAGCGAGCUCCUAAACUUUCUCCUCUGGGUUCAGUACUUCAGUCGAUACUUCCUGCGAAACUGUGAGAUUGGACGCAUUGCAGCCGAAAUCUAUGACCACCUCAUCGAUGAGGGACAAAGUGCGUCCCUUGAAAAAGACCCCAACUGGAUGAGCUUCAAGCCUGGUGAAAUUGUCUACCACCUUCUCCAAGUUCAACAAGGGGAAUUUCGCCAUGUGCUCACAGAAAAUGACUUUCUUUUCCAAGGCCAGUACAACUUUUACAAGCACCCCAACAGUGACCGCCUGAUCCAAAACUGUGUGGCCGUCUUCCCAACAGUGCAUCCAGGCAGGCUACCUGCAGAACUGGGAAGUACAUUCCCAGAUGGCCCACCUCUGGCACCUCAGGCCCCCCAGCCCGGAAUUUGGUCCCCUGUCAGCCCUACGCCUGGGCUUCCCGCCCAGCCGCAGUGGCAGCAAGCAACCAUGGAUGGGGACAGGAUACCCCCAGCCGCCUCCACAGCCACCUCGGCCGCCAGCUCAACCACCUCAACAGCGCCGCCCACAGCAGCAACGCCGUGA